AUGGCAUCGCCAUCUCCUGCUUCCUCCUCCUCCUACUCCUCCUUGGAAACAAGUAUCUUAUCGGAGAUCGGUGAUCUCGCACCAGACGACAUCUUCCUAUGUACCAGGGCUCAGGCCGUGGUCCGUAGCUCCUCCACGUACCAGCUUCUUCAUCUUGGAUUCGAGGGCAACCUCCCACGUGGUCCGCGACGUGUCAGUAUUCUCGCCGUCGUUCUCGACGGGAGGGUGCUCACCGUCGCCGGGGUCGGCACCGUAUCCUGCGACAACUUCCGUAUCCCCAACGCGCGGUGUGUCCCAGACCUCUGUACCGGACUCAACCUGGUCUCCGUGCAGCAGCUAGCUGAAUGCGGCUACCUCGCCAUGUUCGGCGGCGGCCAGUGCUCUGUCAUGGAGCAGAGCAGCAGUAAAAUCGUCGGGAAAGGCCGGUUGCACGCCGACGGUGGCCUGUACCACCUCGAGUUCCUCAAUAUCCCACACGACAAAGCCUGUGAAGAUAGCUCGCCAACAUGA